AUGGCUUCUAAAUUAAAUAGCAUUGAGGCAACUAACCUUGAUCACCAAAUCUAGCAUUUGUAUUAAUGCAAACCACUCCCAGAACAAGAAGUUAAAUAGAUAUGCGAAAAGGUAUGAAGGGCUGUUUUAGACAUUUUAAUAGGCAAAGGAAAUUUUGAUUGAGGAAUCUAAUGUAUAACCAGUGCGUGCACCAGUAAUUAUUUGUGGUGAUAUUCAUGGGCAAUUCCAUGAUUUGAUGGAACUGUUCAAAAUAGGUGGCAAAGCACCAGUAAUCAAGUGAUUUUAAUUUGAGGAUACUAAUUAUCUAUUCAUGGGAGAUUAUGUGGAUCGGGGUCAUCAUUCCGUUGAGUGUGUAACUCUUCUUGUUUUGUUGAAAGUAUGCAAAUGUACUAAUCACUUUAGAUUCGUCAUAGAGACAGAAUAACCAUCCUCAGAGGCAACCAUGAAUCUAGACAAAUUACAUAAGUAUAUGGUUUCUAUGACGAAUGUUCACGUAAAUACGGUAACAGUAAUGUUUGGAAAUGCUUCACUGAGUUGUUUGAUUACUUGCCAUUGACAGCAGUCGUAGAAUCCUAAGUAAAUUCAAUCAAUCUAUCAAGUUCUUCUGUCUCCAUGGAGGUAUCUCCCCCUCCAUUGAUACAUUGGAUCACAUUCGUCAAUUGGAUAGAGUUCAAGAAGUACCACAUGAAGGCCCAAUGUGCGAUUUGCUUUGGAGUGAUCCAGAUGAUAGAUCUGGAUGGGGUAUUUCUCCAAGAGGUGCUGGGUACACAUUCGGAUAGGAUAUUUCAGAAUAAUUCAAUCAUAAUAACAAAUUAAAGAUGAUUGCGAGAGCACAUCAAUUGGUGAUGGAUGUAAAUAAUUUGAAUUUAUGUAUUUUUUCAGGGAUAUUCCUUGGCUCAUGAGAGAAACGUAGUAACUAUAUUCUCAGCUCCAAACUAUUGCUAUAGAUGUGGUAAUCAAGCUGGAAUAAUGGAAGUCGAUGAGAAUUUGCGUUAAACCUUGUAAAAAUCAACGCAUUUAAUGUUCAUAGCAUACAAUUUGACCCAGCUCCCAGAUCUGAAAAUGAAUCUGUCCCUAAAAGAGUUCCAGAUUAUUUCUUAUGAUUCAUAUAAUAUAAAAC